AGUGUGUACAGAGUGCACGUGCUGAAUACGUGCGGCUUUUCCACUUGUGCUGCACAACGUUAUUCUCGCUCGCGAUCAAGAUGCGUGUCAAGUAUAUUCCACUUGUGUUUGCAGCUUUUCUUGUCACUAAUGUGAAAACGCGGGCGGUGAAUAUCAGUAGUGCUUGGAUGCUGCCUGAGGAAGGAUUUCCGGUGUUCUAUCGCUACUUCCGCGAUCGCAUCUCGUGGAGCGAAGCGGAUGCAGUAUGCCAAUUUCAUCAUGCUAAUCUCGUUACAGUCGACACGACUUCUCAAUACGAUGCAAUUAGAGCGUACCUAAAAGAAUUGGACAUCGCCAACCAUGUGUGGAUCGGUCUGUCCCGUCCUAUUGAUAAGUCCAAUUUUAUGUGGAGAAACUUCCGAGAACUGAGCGCUCCCGACUACUGGCAAGAGGCGAUUCCUGCCGGGGGCGGAGAACCCCUCUGCGCAGCAAUGGACCCUGCCGCCGACUUCCGUUGGCAUGCGCUGACCUGCGGAAGCCCCGAGGCUGCGUCCUUCAUAUGCGAAUUACCAGUACCAACAUGGGCCAGUGGUUGUCUUAUUACGGAAUUGCCAUCGCUUACUGUCCUGUACAUCCCGGAGCAAUCUGCGGUGGAGUUAACAUCUGACUGCGGACUUGACGGCACCAAGCGCAUCGUUUGCAAGGGAAAAGGUGAUCGAGAUGAAUUGAUCCGACGAUUGGCAUGCACCUCCGACGAAGGCAUCGCUACGACCACCGUCGUUGCUCAAUCUGUACCGACAGCGCCCAGUGCUAAAACCACCAAGCCGCUUCUAAUUUGGACAUCCAACACGAUCGACACGGGCGAUUAUGCAAUUCCAACACGACAUCGCCGCGAAACCGAAGAGACUUCGGCGUCUUUGGCCACUGGUUCCACAACGGAGAUUCCUGCCACGCUGGGCACCUCUUCGCAGCGACCCGACGGUGCCAAUCAGGAAGAUUUUGCAAGCGCCAUUAAUCAAGGACAGCUGUUUAGCAUUAUCGAAAAUGGUACAAUGUUUGACAUUAUCGAACUGAAUGGUACAGACGAAAACAAGACGUUAGCAGCGGACCACCAAACCACAAGUCACCCAAUCAUCGAACAGCGCGCACUCUACACCCAUUUGACUAAGGAAGCUCUGCCGGAUCCGCCAAUGCCAGCAGCUGAAGGAACUGAUCUGCAUCGUACGUUCCGCAAGCAAGUUCCCACCUUGCGCAAGCUCAAACCCGCAAUUGAUAAUGACGUCAACAACGACAUCGCUAGCGUUAUCGUCACCGCGGUUAUUCAGAUUGCACGUGCUGCCGAAGAACACCGUAUUGACGUCACAGGUAACGACCCAGCUUCAAUUACAAGUCACAAACCGCGAGCGACCAGUUUACCGCCAACGGAUGAUAGCAAGUACGAAUCAGAGCCAACGGCAAAACCGAAUCGACAGCGACAGUUGACCCGCUCAAAUCGGCGCUCCUUCUAUCCGUAUUUCUUCAGCCGUGUACUAGGUUGAGCGACACAGAUGUCCGCACAAAUUCAACACGUUGUUAGAAGUACACUCGAUGUGCCAAAGACGAGAAGAAGAAACUCCUCUUCCAAUCGUGCAACGAAACAAUUAUUCCGUUCACAACUGGGGGCGGCAAGUUGGCCGCCAACUUAUUUAGUAGCGCAGUAGCGCUAGUUUGCUUGCAAUUAUCAAUCACACACGACCUCUUCACUGUAGCACGCAGCGCUGCGCACCCGUCCGGAGCAACCGAGUGUGUUACUUUGCUAAAAGUCUAAUUAAUACAAAAUAUUAAACUAACAUUUGUAAAAAAAAAAAACGAAUCUCCGAUAGGAGAAGAUCAGAGUAUUGAAAAUAAAUAAGAUUAUCGUAUAGUA